AAUCGGACGCUUGUUUUGGAAGCUCAACAACCCAGUCCGGAGAAGGAGCAUUCCAAGCGAUUUCUGCCUCCAGCUUGCCCGGCGUUUCGGUUGCAAAAGAGACAGCGGGGUGUCCUUCAGGUGGAAACAGAAGCAGGAAGGAGAAUGCCCACGGACAAGGAGGCCGGUUCCCACCGCUUCCCGGCUGUUCUGUAGCCCUGCAGCAGCAAAAUGGAGAGGUGGAACAAGGUGGGCCCUGCCGUUCCCUGGUCAAUUUGAAGCGCUGCUGCGGUUCACGGAGCAGGUUGAACACACUGGGCAGGGAAUGCGUGGAUAAAACGAAAUGGAAAUAGCAAACGCCCCCGGCCUGCAGCUCCAGCUGCUUGCUACUGAGGCGGUGCCCCUGCAAGCCCACGAGGAUUCCUUCUCUUACAAGGAAAACCUGAUUGGCGCAUUGCUGGCUAUUUUUGGGCAUCUUGUUAUCAGCAUCGCGCUCAACCUCCAGAAGUACAGCCAUCUCCGGUUGGUGGGAUGUAAAGACCACCGGGCCUACUUCAAGACCAAGACCUGGUGGUGUGGCCUCUUCCUGCUGUUCCUGGGGGAGCUGGGGGUCUUCUCCGCCUAUGCCUUUGCGCCCCUUUCCCUGAUCGUGCCACUGGGCGCCGUGUCCGUCAUAGCAAGUGCAAUUAUUGGAGUCAUAUUCAUUAAGGAAAAAUGGAAGCCCAAAGACUUCUUGAGACGCUACGUUUUGUCUUUUGUAGGCUGUGGCUUGGCCGUUGUAGGAACGUACCUGCUGAUAACCUUCGGGCCAAACAGUCACGAGACCAUGACAGGCGAGAACAUCACUCGGCACUUAGUCAGCUGGCCUUUUCUCUUGUACAUGCUGGUGGAGAUCAUCAUUUUCUGCCUGCUGCUGUACUUCUACAAAGAGAAGAAAGCGAAUUAUAUUGUGGUGAUUCUGCUCUUGGUAGCACUCUUGGGUUCCAUGACAGUCAUCACGGUGAAGGCGGUGGCGGGCAUGAUUGUGGUUUCGAUCCGAGGGAACUUGCAGCUGGGAUACCCGAUUUUCUACAUCAUGGUGGUUUGCAUGGUGGCCACGGCAGCCUUUCAGGCAACGUUCUUAACCCAAGCCUCGCAGCUGUAUGAUGCAUCUCAGAUUGCCAGCGUGGGCUACAUCUUGUCCACCGCAACAGCAAUUACAGCAGGUGCAACUUUCUACUUGGACUUCAUUGGGGAAGACGUACUCCAUAUUUGCAUGUUUGGCUUGGGGUGCCUCAUCGCAUUUUUAGGUGUCUUCUUGAUCACCAGAAACAAGAGGAAGUCAAUCUUUUUCGAACCGUACAUCUCCAUGGAUGCUAUGCCAAGCAUGCAGAAUUUGCAUGACAAUGGAACUGCGGUUCAGCCCGACCUCAAAACUUCCUUUUCCUAUGGUGCCCUGGAGAGCAAUGACACCAUCUCGGAGAUCUAUGCUCCCGCUACAUUAACAAUUGUCCAGGAGGAACAUGGUUCCAAAGGAGCAUCCCUACCUCCGUACCGGGUCAUGGAGCAUAGCAAACGGGAGUGAAUCCCCUUUCAGGGACUGGCAUGACGCCUCCACGUGUGCACUCUUCUUAUUUAUUUAUCUCUCUCUCCGUUUUCUCCACUAAGACAAAAAGCCAGCUCAAGUAUGGAUUAAAUAAGCAUCAGAUGAUAACUUUAACAACUGAACUGUGUUAAUAAAGGGUCUCGUACUUGUGUAUUUGUAUACACGCUCCUCGCUAAGCUAAAUCAUCCAAGGAUGUAAGCAGCUACAUCAAAGGAAAUGCAGAGGGCAUUAUGGUCUGUAAUAUUACUGGCCAAGCAGCAGGCACAAAUGGGUGAGUUUAGACUCUCUGUUACCUUGAGAAAACACCCCCUUUAGGACCAGUUGACACAUAGACCCAGUGUGUAGACCAUUGGUGGGCAACUUGUAGUCUUCCAGAUGUUUUGACCCCCAUGAUCCCACACCAUGGGUUAGGGCUAAUGGGAAAUGUAGGCCAAAACAUCUGGAGGACCACAGGUUGUCCAGCCCUGAUGUAGCCUGUGUGGGGCAGAGGUAGAGCUCUGGAUUUAGGCCUCCUGUCCACCGCACACGGAACCUUUUCAUGUGAACUAGAGGUUGGCCAGUAAAGUCCUGUUGAAAUAGAUACAUGCUCCACCUUCGUAGCACAAGAGAGAACUUGCAAAGCGCUGAGGUUUGAAGAUAUCAAGUAAGACUGAAACCACUUUGGCUUCCACCGUUUGCCUCACAGAACAGUCAUUCAGACCUUUCCUAAAAAUACAGUAUUUCAUCUCUCUUCACUGGUUUCCACGGCUGCAGGACUUCCUGCAUUUCCCCUCCGCCCUCAACAGGAUCGCUUGAUAAUAGCAUUUCUCAAGUCCCAAUCAUACCCAGAUCUGUCACAGAUAGUGUUUCAAAUCUAUAUGCAUUAAUGGAAUGAAAUGAAAUAACACAUUCGAGGCUAUUUUCAGUUGGCAUUCCCCAAACCCAAAUUUAAUGUUUUCCUGCUUUCUCUUUCCACGCCCAGCCAGAGAAGGAUUAGUGCAGUUCAGUGCUUUAAUAUAAUGCGCCGCAUGUGCUGCUUUCUAUAUAACAUGCUCUAUGUUCCUUUCCUACAGAAGUCACUUUUUCCCAGAUUGGGGAGAGGUGGGGAAUUGAUCUCAAAUGAAAUCCAUGCUCUUGGUUGUCCCUGUCAAAAGUUUGCCAAAUGGCUCAGCAUUCUGUCUGAUGAUACCCAUUGAAGUGGAUGGCGCAACAUGAUGAUCAAAGGCACUUGUGAAUCAGGGACCCAGCACUUUUGAGUGGGGGCAUUCUGUAGGUCAAUUAAGCCCACGUUGCAAUGCAAUUGUUUUGAGAUCUCCAGGAUGCGAGAAAGUUGGGACGCUAGCAAAUCUGGAUUUGCGAAGGGCUUUGAACAGUGCUUCUCAUAUUUGUUGUCAUCCGAUGUUUGCUGCCCUUCCUUUCUACAUAGGUUGUAUUGUACUUUCGGGUUAGAAUACCCACCACCGCCACCUUUAUCCAUGUGUCUAAGGCCUGGUCCGUACAUUCAGCAGAAUGAGGUGGUACAGUAGCUUAUCCCAACCUGAGGUAUGGGAUUACAAUUCCCAUCACCCCCAGCCAAGCCUGGACCACCUCUGGAGGGUGCCAGCUUGGAGAAGGCUAUGCUUCAUACUGCCAAUUGGAGAUUGCAUUUGAAAUGCUCCCAUAUGAGGCAAAGACUCCCUGCAGAUAGAAGAAUUAGCACAAAAAGGAGUGGUCUGGGAUAGAAACGUUCUCAUUGAUUUGUUCGUAUGUUUGGUUUGAUUUUUUUUUUUAAUUUGCAGGGGGUAUUUCCACGGGGGAACAUUAAAAAAUGCGCUCCCCAUACACACAUGCAGUAUGAAGUAAUACUGUCCAUUCUAUCGCAUUCUGCUGCAUAUGUACACAAAGUCUUAAUCAAUUUUCAGUGAGGAAUUAAAGACACAAUCCCAUGCAUGCCAAUUGGGGAAAGCUGGGAAUUGUAGGUCUUUUGUUUGUUUGUUUGUCUACAGAUGCAUAGGAUUGCAUCCUAAAAGAUGUAGUGUUUGUUUUAAUUAGAUUUGUAUCCCACUUCUUACUCCUCUAAUGGCUCUUGGUAGCAGAUGGAUUUUGACCCAGGUUUCUUGGCAGAAUUAAAACCUAUCUUCUUUAUUUCAAAUCCCAGGUUACAAUUGCUCCCUGAAUCCUGAAUAUGUCAGAUAAGAUUCUCAUGGAAAUCAAUAGGUGAAGUUAAUCGCAACCUCUAACAGUUGUGAAAAUGGAUUCGUGUGUAUGUACAUCUGUGAAUUGCGUCUUCUAAUGAAUUUGCAAACAUUCUUGGAAGCUUCACUAACUUGGCAGUAGUUAAAUUCUGGUGUAAGAUAGGACCUUUAAAGCUAUCCUUUCUGUUGUUUCAUCCACUGUACCAAUUAGGCUCAUUUCAUGAUGGGUAGCUUCUGAGUUCAUCCCACGAGUGAGAACGUGAAAUCGCAAAUUCUACCAUUUUCAGCUCAGGAAGUAGCUGGAGGAGAUGUGGGCUAUGAAUAGAUGUCAUGGACUCUCCUGUAGUUUGUUUCCUUUGGUUAAUGCCAGAGUGCUGCUUAUGUUCUUGAGCUGUCUUGCCAUAGGAGAAUGCAACAGCGGGUAAACUGGAAGUGUAUUAGAUGUGGGUCUGGAACCAGAAAACCAAUUGGAUACUUUCAGCAUUCCAGCAACCUUUCAAGCUCUUAAUACAUUCACUUUCAAAUACACAAUCAAGUUAAAAGCAGAUAUUAGUCCUAUAAAAAUAGGGUGUUGCUGGCCGUUAGAGGUGUGAACCUCUACACAGUUGUGUUAAACUUUUGAUUACUUUAACUCAGAAACAAAACUCAGAUCUUUAUCUAUGGCGUACUUUGCUUUUAAGGAUCUCUUUUGCUACAGUGCAUUGUGUACUUCUGGCAAGGUUACAUUAUUAUUAGAUUAAUGCUUCGGGAACAGGAAUCUUAUUAAGUUACUUGUAAAUGUUGACCCAGCAUCAUUGUCUUGGGGAAACUUCACAAAGUCUGUUUUGUUUAUUUGUCGAAUAAUGCAUCACAUUUUGUUCACUAAAGAGCUACAUCAUAGAGAAGAUGAAGUUGUGUGGGGGAGGAAUGGACCUUUAUAUCUCUUUAUGGCCUUUUGAUAAUGAAUGCAAGAAGUCUAAUGGUACAAGAGUUUUGGGAGUCCUCUGUGCUGUAUAACCCAAAAUGGCAAUUAUGUUCUUAAACUUCCUGAUCCAACCACAGAAUACUAUACCUCAGUUAUUCAAGUUGUUUUUUGUUUUUAUGGUUUCGUAAGUGGUAUUUAUUGAGUGCCAUUUUGGGGUAGAAAGGCAGAGUAUGAAUCAAAUGAAUUGAUUCAAUUGACUAUAAUCUGCACCUUUUCUGUACGAGCUCUGGGCAGAGAAAGUGAGUCAUUACUACAAGAAAAUCUGCAUUUAGUCUUGUGAUGGCCGGGCCUAGGGCCUUUGGGUCAAAGACAGGCACGUCAGGGGAGAUCACUGAUUAUGGGCACAAUCCUUUGCGUGUUUAGACAGGAAAAAAAGUCCUACAACUCUCUGCAUGCCCCAGGACUUUUUUCUGUCUAAACAUGCAAAGGAUUGCACCCUAAGAAUGCUUCCAGAAGGAAGGUUUCUAGCACUACCAGUCAAAAGGCGUUGGGCCACUAUUCCGUCUUUUCCUCUUUAAUUAAUUUUGGGAAAACAAAAGAUGGAAUAUGCAGUAAGAAAACACAGCACAGCACAUUGAGCAGGGGGUUGGACUCGAUGGCCUUAUAGGCCCCUUCCAACUCGACUAUUCUAUGAUUCUAUGAAAUGGAAGACUUUCUCUGUAAAAUUCUGUUUUUGAGACGGGACGAUUAUGUGUUUGAAGGAGCUACGGAGGGGCCCCACUUUUGGUUAGAGCAUUGGCCUAUUGAGGACAGGAGUAAGUUAACCCCUUCAGCCUGUUAAAACUUGAGAAAUCUAGCCAUAGGCCUCUUGCAUCAUGUCUGUUUUGGCACAUUCUCUUCCAUUUCCAAUAUUAUUGGCUUUUUAGGUGUUUGUCCUGACUUUCUAGUGAGGUUGCAAACAAAAUAACCCUUUUGCAGUCACAUUGUUGUGGGUGACUUUGGCAUGUGGCAUGCAUGAACUUCUUUUCUUUUAUUCCCCAGGAUGGUUGUUAAAUUGGAAAAUAACUUUGUGGUAGGGGAUAUUUCUCAUUGUCUAUAAGGAAUGGCAGAAAACAGUCAUCUUAGAGUGCUAGCUUUUGAGAGCUAGCAGGUAUUUCCUACAGCUCUUCCAUUUAGACAUUCCACUUGAAGAUUUUCUUGACGUUUCUUUUUCCUUUCCCAGUUACUAAACACUCUUUUGAAUAGUGGAAAGAGAUGGUCCUUGUCAUGGAGGCUUUUCAAGCGGUGUGUGGGGAAGGCACCGGGGCAGCUAAUGCAGUUCUGAAACAUGUGGACAACUUUUGUGUAGUGUCAUUGAAAACCAACAUAGGAAUGUGUGGUGUUAUGCACUGAACUAACUCGGAUUCCUGGGGAUGAGGAUGGCAUCUUCUGAAGGGUCUCUUUCAAUGCUUUGUAGCAGCGGAAUCCCAGGAUGAUCCAAACACAUAGCCAUGCAAUACCGAGACUCUAUCUCUGUUCUGAGCAGCAUUAUAGUCUGAUCUCAGGAGUGGGGUUGUUUCCUUACCUUAACUUGUGCAUGCUUUUCCUUGCUAGCUUUGUCUGAAUGGUAAGGGGAGUGCAGAGAAGCCCAUCACAGGUUGUUACUUCUCUUCUCCGGCCCUGCUCUGAUAUUCUUAGUAGAGUUUUGUAGAGAACAGGGGCUUUUCCCUGGCCAUCAAGUCCCUCAACAGUGUCCACUGCGCAGUAAUGCAGAGGAGGAGAAUUGGGGGCCUUUUCUGAGCAUGGAUUAUUUGGGAACAUCUAAGCCCUUUCUGCGGAGAUGGCUGACAAGUCUUAAUCCAAUUUCUGUUUUCAGGAUUAUGGCUGAUGGUAUACUGUAGCUCUGCGUCAUUUAAUUCUACACUGUCAAAUAGAUUUGAUGUUGGCUGAAUGUACAGUCUGAAUGUCUUCACAAUAGUAUGUGUAAAUAAACUUGAGCUUUAUGAUA